CUCCAAUUCAAAACCCAUAGACACCAAAUGGACACAGCAACUCCCGCUUCAGCGUCUUCUCGUCCAGUUCAUCUCUGCGUCCUCGUCCACGGGCUCUGGGGCAACCCGCAGCACCUGAAGUACCUCAGCACAUCCCUCCGCGAACAGUACCCUGAAGAUAAGCUCCACAUCCUUGUCGCUAAGCGCAACACCGGCAGCUUCACCUACGAUGGCAUCGAAUUGGGCGGCGAGCGGGUCGCGACCGAAAUAGAGGAGUCCCUGGAGGAUCUGGCAAGAGACGGAACUGAGAUCAAGAAGCUCAGCAUCAUCGGAUACUCCCUGGGCGGGUUGAUCGCUCGGUAUGCGAUAGGCUUGCUCUACCACAAAGGACUGUUCGAAAAGAUCGAGCCGGUGAAUUUCACCACUUUUGCAACUCCACACCUCGGUGUUCGAACGCCGCUCAAUGGAUACCACAACCACAUCUGGAAUGUGCUGGGAGCUCGCACUCUUUCCACCAGUGGAAGACAGUUGUUCACCAUUGAUCAAUUCAGAGACACUGGUCGGCCUCUCCUCGCGGUGCUUGCUGACCCUGCGAGCAUCUUCAUCCAGGCCCUGGCCCAAUUCAAGCAUCGCAGCUUGUACUCCAAUGUCGUGAAUGACAGAUCUGCAGUCUACUACACGACAUGCAUCUCGCGAACCGACCCAUAUGUCCAGCCAGAUGCCAUCAAAAUCAACUAUCUGAGCGGCUACGAGCCCGUCAUCAUCGACGCUGACAACCCCGUUUCAGUGAAAGAAAAAGAGACACUGCCAUCUUUCCACCAGAGACUGUCCUCCAAUACACGCACCGUCUUUGGUCGUCUGCCCAUUUUCGCCUUCCUCCUAAUCUUCAUUCCGAUCGGCUCAUCUCUGUUUUUGAUUAAUUCCGCCAUCCAGUCAGUUCGAAGCCGUCAGCGAAUCCGCAUGCACGAAGAAGGCAAGGCCGGCAUCGACGUAGCAGGAUACCGCAUACCCCUCAUGAUUAACGACGUCCGCCGAGAAGUCGAAGACAUGUUCGAGAACGUGAACAACGCCCAAGAGCAUGAAUAUCUUCUGGCUGGUAGCGAGGAGCUAGCUUCACCACCACUCUCGCCGAAGCUGGUCAGGGCGAACUCUUCACCAAAAUCGAAGCCUUCCUCAGUCUCAGAGUCAGAGGUGGACUCAAUAAAGGAAGCGAAGAAAGAACACGCACUUGACUUUCCGACGCUAGCCUUGACCGCAGACCAGUUUGCGAUGAUUCAGGCUUUGGAUGAGGUGGGCUUCAAGAAGUAUCCCGUCUUCAUCCACAACCACCGUCAUAGCCAUGCUGCCAUUAUCAGGCGCAUGGACUGGAAAGCCUUCGAUGAGGGCAAGGUCGUCGUCAGGCAUUGGCUCACCGAAUUCGAGGUUUAGAGCCACUGACUCUAAUGACUUAUCUUAGGUUUUCUUUACUUUAGUAGCGGAGUGUUGAGCGUUCUAGCGAUACAGUGCAUUGAAGGUUAUUUGUUGUAGAGUCGGUGGAGUAUUGGCUUUGCUGUUGUGCUCUAGGUGGUUACUAAUUUCGGGAUUUCCCUUAUUGUUAAUCUUAGUCCUAGUCCUACGCGGAUACCCU